AUGUUGAUUCCCAAGGCCGACCGCAAGAAGAUUCACGAGUACCUCUUCCGCGAGGGUGUCCUCGUCGCGCAGAAGGACUUCAACCUCCCCAAGCACCCCGACAUUGACACCAAGAACCUGUUCGUCAUCAAGGCUGCUCAGUCCCUCAACUCCCGCGGCUAUGUCAAGACUCAGUUCUCUUGGCAAUACUACUACUACACCCUGACCCCCGAGGGUCUCGACUACCUCCGGGAAUGGCUUCACCUGCCUGCCGAGAUCGUUCCUGCUACUCACAUCAAGCAGCAGCGAUCACACGCUCCUCCCCGUGGCAUGCUCGGCGAGGGCGAGCGUGAGCGACGACCUUUCGGCCGUGGACGUGGCGGCGACCGUGGUGACCGUGAGGGUGGAUACCGAAGGAGGGAUGCUGGCGAGGGCAAGGAGGGUGGUGCUCCCGGCGAGUUUGCUCCUCAAUUGUGA